AGGUGUCUCUAGGCUAACUCUCUUUUGCAUCUGAUCUCUCUUGCCCUUUUCCAAAAAAUCUCUCUCUCCUCUUCUAUCCAAGGAACGGCUGGUGGCAAUGGUAUGAUUUCCCCAAUCGUAGAUGUCGCCUCCAAGAUGAGCAUCCGCAUUCUCUUCCAAUUUUGAUUUAGUGGGUGCUACUUUUUACCUCGCAAAAGUAUAUAUAUUAUCUUCUUCAAAUGAAAUCGAACCAAGCUAUGCAUAAUGCAUUUGUCUUUUACGAAGAACAGUACUCUCUCCGAUUCUAAAUUGUUGUCGUUGUUUCAGUUAAAAUUUGAACUAAAACAAUGAGAACAAUCCUAAAUCGGAGGAAGUAGAAAACAGUGGCCGAAUUUAUGAGUAGGAUGCGGCACGAUGGUAUUUUCACGGUGGAGGCAACAUUUUCAUUUUCAUAUGGUUGGUUUAACAAAAAUCCGGUCGUCGUACGUGAACACCUUCAUGGCUACUAUGCCAUCAAGGGGAAUAUGGAUGACAUUCUCAAGACAAAAUUAUUGGACCCUUUUUUUAAAAGAUGCUUUGGACCUUACAUGCAUCUAUCGCAUUUCUAGAACAUGACAUGAACACCGUGUGCACAUUAAAAAACCCAUAUGACAGUUUGAGAAGCUUCAUGAUCUAACCGAGUCCUAAGAAAACUUCAUGACCUGCAAUGCACUUAACUCUAUUAUUGUUUACUCUAAACUAUAUGCUCAUGUUUAUCUUUACACAUACCUUUUUAAAUUUUAUAUAAAGAAAAGUUGUCGGUGGUUUAAUCAACCCUCUCUGUCUGUCUUGUUAACAAUUCUCCAACAUAAUACGGAGCAUAACAAACCAACUAACCAAAGCAAAUGAGCUAUCCUUUGGCAAUCUAAUUUAACGAAUUCUUAAAUAUCUCGCAAGAAGGAUCACAACAAAGCAUGACUAUGCAUGCCUACAGGGUUAUGAGGAGCACGAUAUGGGCUUAGAUGUACUCCCUCCGAUUCUAAAUUAUUGUCGAAAUAUUACAUGUAUCUAGACGUUUUUUAAGAAUAGAUACAUCCAUAUUUGAACAAAUUUGAGUCAAGAAUUUAGGAUAACUUCUUUUUUCUGAAGUUUGCUUAGAAAGAACUUGUAUGAACAUGAGGGCUCAACAUAGACCUAAGAUGUUCAUCGUUAGCAAAACGGAGCCAUUUAGCUGGUUCACUUAAAAUAAAGUUGGCGAUUGUCCUUUUCAUUUUCGAGUUCUCUUCUUCCUUUUCCACUCCAAAAGGCAAACCUGAGGGAGGGUGGAAAAGAAAAGAAGUGAGGACAGAACAAACCCGGCCGUCUCACUCAGGACUUCUCCUCCCCCGUCGUCUUGUUCAAUCCUCUUCCUCCUCUCCUUCGCCGAGACCCCCCCUGCUUUCCACGCAACUGCCCCCCAGACUCCCCUUCGACGACCCCACUGUUCUUGGGCCUUGCCAGUGCGCGGGUAGUCGUCGUCGCUCCCAGUUCCUAAUUUCUUCCGCUCCCUUCCAAUCUCGCGAUUCUUUCCCCUCCCCCCUUGGAUCGGUCUUUCUUGAGAUUUUAGCCGCCGCUUGCGGGAGAAAAGAAGAAGAAACCGAAAGCUCCCACCCAGCUUGACGCAGCGCCGGCGGCUACCGAGAUCCGCCUCGAAACGGUACCGUUCCCUUUUCUUCUGCGUCUUGGCCGAAUAACGUCCGGGAGUUUUGUGCCGACGCGGAUCUGCGUCGAACCAAAGAAAGGGAGCCCCCCGAAUUGCGCAGUUCGGCCGGAAGAGACCAAAAGGCAUAGCCAUGGUGGUCAGGCACUAGGAGCCUUUCGCCUCGCGCUUGGCAGCCCUGUUGCGCAGCGGCAGCCAUGGAGCCGUCGUCGUCCAUCACGUUCGCCUCAUCGUCGUCCUAUCUGUCCAACGGCUCCAGCCCCUACUCCGCCGCUUUGCCGCCUCCGGGGGCUACCCAGGCGGCGCCGCUGACCCCCUCGGAGGGGUAUGGCGGGGGAGGAGGAGGCGGAGGGAGCAGCAGCCUGGAGGUAGUGAGCCUGAAUCGGCUCAGCAACAACCUCGAGCGUCUCCUCCUCGAGUCUGACCUCGACUGCAGCGACGCCGACGUCGACAUGGCCGAUGGUGGGCCUCUCGUUCCCGUCCAUCGCUGCAUCCUCGCCGCACGCAGCCCGUUCUUCCACGAAUUCUUCGCGGCACGCGGCCGUGGAAACAGUGGAGACGGUCCACCCUCUGCCUCCGCUGCCGGCGUCGGAGGGGGAGGAGAAGGCACUGGGAGGCCGCGGUAUAAGAUGGAGGAGCUCGUCCCGGGGGGCCGUGUGGGGCGCGAGGCUUUCCUGGGGUUCAUGCGAUACCUGUACACGGGCAAGCUCCGCCCCGCACCGCCGGACGUGGUGUCAUGUGUUGAUCCUGUGUGCCCACACGACUCUUGCCCGCCGGCCAUCAGGUUCGCCGUUGAGCUCAUGUACGCGGCGUCGACCUUUAACAUCCCCGAGCUCAUCUCGCUGUUCCAGCGACGACUCCUUAAUUUUGUUGACAAGACUCUAGUGGAAGAUGUCCUUCCUAUUUUGCAAGUUGCUUACGACUCAGAUCUUGGUCAAGUGCUCGAAAAAUGUGUUCAGAGGAUUGUAAGAUCAGAUCUUGAUAACAUAUCUUUGGAUAAGGAAGUCUGUCCAGAAGUUGCUGAUAAGAUAAAAAAGAUCAGACAAAAAUCUCCGCCUGAUGAUGGUGACACCGUAAUUUUGGAUCCUGUACACGAGAAAAGAGUAAGAAGGAUCCACAGGGCACUGGAUUCUGAUGAUGUCGAACUUGUGAAGUUGCUUCUCAAUGAGUCUGAAAUCACCUUAGAUGAUGCCAAUGCAUUACAUUAUGCAGCUGCUUACUGUGAUUCAAAAGUUGUUUCGGAAUUGUUAGACUUGGGACUGGCCAACUUGAAUUUGAAGAAUAAUCGCGGAUACACAGCACUUCACCUGGCUGCUAUGAGAAGAGAACCGACUAUUAUUAUGUGUCUACUAAACAAAGGAGCGGUGGCAUCACAAUUGACAUGCGAUGGCCGACUUGCAAGUAGUAUAUGCCGGAGGUUAACAAGGGCAAAAGACUACAAUACAAAGAUGGAGCAGGGCCAAGAGUCGAAUAAAGAUAAGAUGUGUAUUGAUAUGCUAGAGCGGGAGAUGAGGAGGAAUCCUAUGCCAGUGGAAGAUUCUGUCACCUCACCUCUAUUGGCUGAUGAUCUUCACAUGAAACUAAACUACCUGGAAAUCAGAGUUGCAUUUGCAAGAUUAUUCUUCCCUGCUGAAGCAAAAGUUGCCAUGCAAAUUGCACAAGCAGACAUCACACCAGAAGUUACCGGUGUUUCUGCAGCAAGUACUUCUGGUAAACUGAAGGAAGUCGAUCUGAAUGAGACACCAGUAACACAGAACAAAAGGCUCCGGUCAAGGGUCGAUGCACUAGUGAAAACAGUGGAGCUGGGCCGCCGGUACUUUCCGAGCUGCUCUGAGGUGCUCGACAAAUAUCUGGAAGAUGACUUGCCCGAUGGUCUGGACAUUUUCCACCAGCAAAGUGGCACCCCCGAUGAGCAGAAGGUGAAAAAGAUGCGGUUCUGCGAGGUAAAAGAGGAUGUGCGCAAGGCAUUCAGCAAAGACACGGCCGAUAAAAGCGCGUUUUCAGCCCUGUCAUCGAACUCCUCGUCCUCUCCGCCGCCGCCGCCUCAGAAGAUUGCACAGAAGUGAAGCUGCCGUUGAGUUUUGUUGUCACGGUUUGCUCGAGAUGUUAACCGUACAGAAAGACUAGAGAGAGGUAUCGCAGGAACGUCUGUGUAUAGUGCUCAGAGUGGUGUAAAACUAGACACUAGUAUGAAACAAAGCCCCAAGUACUGUGCCGCACUGAAGCUUGUUGGAGAAGUCAAUUGUCCUCCAAUCCAUGCAUGUGUGACAUGGGGGAACGGAACACAGGUUAAGCAGUACAAGAAAAGACAGCCGAUCAACUCCGAAGCUUUGUGCAGCAUGCUGUCUUGUUUCACAUAGUUGCAAUAGUGAUCUGUUUAAUGUAGAUAGCAGCUGUUAUGGUUGAAGGAGGAACUUGGAACUUAAUGUAAAAGUUGCUUAUUGUCAAUUUGUCAUCAAUAUACAUACUUGUUAUUCAUAUCAUAAAAUCCAAUAUCUUCA